UACGCGUUUUCCUGAAGGAAAAUGGCUACCAGCUGUCAUUUAAUCGGGAAGUGUGGCUUCUAAAGUGACAGAGGAUUCUGUGAAAAGUCGUACAACGCGUACAAGGAUCGUUUGGCGCGAUGCAAUUACAUAACAUUGAAAUCGUUUGGUAGAUCGACGCCACUUUUCAUCUACAUGCGGAACCCGUGAAACCUUCCACAGUGCCAUGAAAUUCUAUUCCGUUUUACUGUUUACAGUUUUUAUUUUUCGCGUAACGUAUUAGGACUAACGCGUUAACGCCACUUCAACGUUCUUAUAACAAUUAAACCAGAUCGACGGCUACCACUGUACAACCGCUGCCGACAACUUUAAUCGUGCUACGUAUCAAGGGCCAUCAAUUUUUUGACCUUACUCACGUUAUUACUUUGGGAGCGCAUUAAUUGCAAAUACGAAAAGCAGCAUGGGUUCGAGUCAACAGUUUUCUCUCAGGUGGAAUAAUUAUUUAAAGCACAUUACUUGCGCUUUUGACACGUUGAGGACAGAGGAAGAUCUGGUCGAUGUGACUUUGAGUUGCGAGGGAAAGAGAAUAAGAGCACACAAAAUGCUCUUAUCGGCUUGUAGUACAUACUUCAGGGAUCUAUUUAAGGAAAAUCCAUGUCAGCAUCCUGUUAUAAUAUUUCGUAAUGUAAAAUUCGACGAUUUGGCGGCAUUAGUUGACUUUAUGUACCAAGGUGAAGUAAACGUUGUUCAGGAGCAACUGGCCAGUUUCUUAACAACUGCCGAACUACUAGCAGUUCAAGGACUUACGGAUGGCACAGGAAAAGAUAACGAUAGCUUAGCCGAGGAUGACCUAGAAAUUCCCAACGAGCCUGAAAUUCAACUUAAAAAUGCUUCUAGUAAAACAGCAGAGAAGAAGAGAAACAAGUCACCUUCUUCGCCGAUGCCUUACCAUGCCGUCGAGUUACAACCGGAUAUACCACCGACUAAAAGACGAAAAUGUAGAGAAAAUACAAGUACAAACGCAGAUAAGGCUGUAAGUAACGCCUUGUCUGCAAAAGAUUCUGAGAACAAAACCACGGAAAAUCAGACAACGACUAGCUCGGAUCCCGUCGAAAUAAUCCCUCUUAUGCCGAACUUGAAAUUGGAAAUGCCUGAAUAUUUAGAACAAGAUGGAAGUAGCUGUAGUUACGAGGAACAAAGUUUAGGGGACAGUUCGUUAAAUAAAAUUGCUAUAGAAGAUACGUCGUCGAAUACUCCGGACAAUGACCAGAAGCCCGACAUCAGCCAAACGUUUUAUUCAAGUAGUCAGUCUACUUCGGAUAAUUUGGAUCCCAAACACCAAUCGUCAGAUGUUGGACACUUGAUUUCGAAACCUAGUACAUCCGGGGAAAGGCUAACGCAAGAAGCAGUGCAGGGAGGGAUUACGUACGUAUCUGGUCAGCCGCAUAGCCUCAGCAAAGCAAACGGCCACGGAAAAGUAUGUGUACACUGCAAGCAGCGCGGAAUGGUCACAUCACGUGGAAAGCUCAGGCAGACGCGCUUCAAAUGUUGGCCCUGCAAUGCCUGUUUGUGCCGCUGGCCAUGUUUCGUCGAUUUUCACAAAAUGCGCGCCAUCCCGCACAUCCCGCCCCCAUAGCACCAACUCGCCCCCUCCGGCUGCUCCGAGUUAAUCUCGCUACUCAACUAAUUAACAACGUGUCUCCCCCUGUGCUUUUACGAUUUUUCUAUUUCUUAUUUUUUUUUUGUUUGUGUUCCUUCUUUUUUUUUCUUUUUUUUUUUUAUCAUCACGUUCGCGACACGAGAUAGAACAACGCGAAACGGACAACGGAAAACAAAAGACAGUGAGGGGGAGGGAGAGCGAGAAUUGGGGAUAGGGGAUGGGGGGAAGGGUUUACCUUACGGUGUCUUUCAAGCGAUCGAUACGGACAAUUACGACGAUUCUAUCGAUCAUUCUCUUGCGCGAUCGCGAGUGAGGACUCUUUCAGGUGAGGAGAGAGAAAGAGAGUCUUUCAUCCGAUGGAUGGGUAAAAUUAUUCGUGAAAAGCGAAAGAAGAGAACUGCGUGGCUGCCGAGCGGGAUAGAAUAAUGCCUCCUUAAAUGCACAGAAACUAUCUCCAUUACUGAGGGUAUACGUAUCGUGGGGUCCAGGAGUUCGACCGCCGAGUAGGUUAGACACGGCGGAAUCCGCGCGGGUCCUAUUUAUAUUAGCGUUUACGAACUCGUUCGGAGGUGUCUCGGUGUUUUCGCUCCGUCCUCUUCUUUAUUCGCCGUCCUUCCACUGUACGGUCGAAGCUCGUCGGCAAACAUCAGAGAAUACACGAACUCUACGAGAAACGCACAAGUUCAGUCCCGAGUGCAUUUAAGGAGACUUUACUGUAUCUCGUCUGAAAGAGCCCUAGAUUUGCCAGCCUGCUUUCGCAUACUUGCUCGCAGAGUUUCCCUUCGUAUAGUGAUCUCACGUUGCUCGUUCUUCGUCGAAGCGGGUAGGCAGGGAUCUCUGAUCGUUUCUCUGAACGAUACACUUUGUAAAUUAAACAGUGUCGAAAAAUCGCCAUUUCUGGCACUUGUUGGGUAUUCAAAGUUUUUAUAUCGACUACACCGCGGCAAGGAAUCAGGAAACAAUGAUUAUUCGAUCGAGAUGCGAUGGAAGAGUUGCGAUAAACGUUCUCCCAAUGCGUGUCGAUUAAAACACCGUUGUCGUCUGAUACCUCGGGGUGUACGGCAUGGCGAAAUCAUUCGUCUCGAAUGUUGGACGUUCGUUAUUUGCAUCGUUUGUUAAUCGUGUUAUUCCCACGUCGUUCGAGGACGGUGUCGCUUUCUUUGAGAUAACGAGGGUCGAAGAAACAUCCCUCGGAUCGUGCAUCGUACUCUCGUCGCGGAGCGUCGUCGCAUCCGCUGGCUUAUUUUUAUAACUUAAUCAUAGACGCCAAUUUUAGUUUUUAUUUAUAACUCGUGUUAAUUGUAAAUUGUCGGUUAGGUUAGAUUAACUGAAAUAACGACGAUACUUCACGGAACCAUUCGUAUACAGCGGAACCUCCGUUACGCGAACCGAUUGGGAAGAAAAGUGUUUGGAUCGGAGAAAUAAAACGACUCGACGAGUACCACUCUGUUACGCUUACAACGACGACUUCGUUUAUCUCGUUUCCGCUCGAUUCCCAUUUUAUCGCACCCUUACAAACCUAAUUUUAUAUCCAUGCUAAUCACGUUUAUGUACAUACGGUAUCGUAAUAGGAAAUACACGGUUAAUGUAACAGAACGUUCACGUAACGGAGGUUCUAUUGUAAGCUUCGUACUCGGUGAUUAUGUCGCUUUCGACAGUUCUAUCGUGCACGCACGUCCCUAGGGUAAUGUAAAGAGAUGGUUAUUUAACUUAAUCCCGAUUGACUCUUAUACAUAAGACUGCGACGAGGUUAACUCGUUAUCGAAUAUUCUUUUUUUUUUUUUUUUUUAUACGGUAAUGUGUUUCACGUCUCACUGCCGGGAGUACUUGGAUACAAAUACUUGGUACCUUCGACCGGGUAGUGAUAUCCGUUUCGUCCUUCUUUUUUAUUUACAAGACGCGCGUAUAUCAGUUUUAUGUAUCCGUUGACGUCGUUUCCUCGAUCGUGCAUUUAUCGUAUAUAUUUUUUUUUUUUUUUUAAUUUGUAUCUUGGUACGUCGACCGUCGUGAUAUUCCACGGAGUACUGGAUGAAAAGUAUUCCCCUUAGAUUUACGCGAACGCGGGCAAAAACAAUCGGAUCCCGUUACCCGGCGUCACAGCCGCGAAUUACGAAAACAAUUGUCUCAGCGGAAUCUUGCGUUCUCUAUCGUUGUUGUUGUCGUUGUAACGCUCCGAAGAUCUCGUAGAAUUUAAGUUCGCUAAUGUUAUAUCGAGUCAAACGAACGCUUCUUGUAUUUGCGUGUAACUCGUGGACUUAAUCGUAGGUCGAGCAACGAUAUAACAGGACAGAGCACGGCAAUAUCGGGCAGUUUUCGGCCGUUUUUUCGGGUCUAGAAGCUGUUCGAGGGACCGUGUCACUUCGCCGGGACCUUGCGAACAUAUUUUAAAGGGGAAUUCCGGAGUAACGGGUUGUUCGGGAGGUACCGGUGACGGUGGUACGGCCCUGAGGCAGAGCGUUACCGAAAAACUGGCGAAAAGUGGAGAUCUUGUCGAGCUCUGAAUAGGGUAACGUCUCUUUUUCCGUCACUCGUUCGAGCCCUAGGAGCGCUGUUUGACACGUUCACGCUGUUACUUUUGUUUCUCGGCAUGGGGCGGCGCAAUGGUACACGCUAUCUGAUAGACACGCGAGUGCGAGCCACCGGUGGUACACGCCGGCGUGGACGCGUUAAAUGGACAGCAAGCGUCGACGAGUGACGGGAAAAUGGACGUUAUCGCGUAUAUCGUGCUUUCGAUACGAAAACACUCAUAGACUGACACACAUUCCUGCAGGCUUAACGAUACCUUGAAGGUCGAUCGAGACUCUCCGAUAGCGUAGCUUUUUCGAAAUCGAUCACUCUUACGGUUUGUACGAUCCACGAAUGGAUAAGUCUAGAUCUCGAUGGGAUAAAAUGCCGUCCAGCCUGUUUUUUUUUUCUUCCCAGUACACUCCUAACGCGUUGGGUCAGGUCGCGAAAGCACCGCGAAACGUUGUAAGAUAAAUUUGACUCGAUGAACGCCUUCGCAAAGAACUUGUCAACUAAUUACGAAGCUUGUAAUAAAAAAGGAACCGAACCGAACCGAACCGAUUGUAAUUGCCGAGA